AUGGCAACAGAAGACACUAAACAACUAGCAAGAUCACUUUACUUAGCAGGCAGCAAGCUCAAUGAGCAUUUUCAGUCAAAGAAUGAGGUCUUGAAUACUCUUAAAAGAGCAGAAGAAUGUUUGAUUCUUGUGGAGCAGUCACCUCAUGAUUGGAUACAGUUAGCUAUGUCUCCUAUAGGGACUACCUUGAAACAACACUGGUGGCUUAGGCAUCCAAAUGAUGAAAUCAGAUUGGUAGUUACUUCUUGUUUAUCUGAAAUCAUGAGGAUAAUAACACCUCUAGUAACAUAUGAAGAUGAUGAUACAAUGAAAGAAGUUUUACAACUGAUUGUGGAGAGUCUUCAUGGGUUGCAAGAUGACAAAUCCCCCGCUUUUAAUAGCAGUGCAAAAAUUUUAGAUAUUGUGCCAGGGACGAGAUCAUUCAUCCUUAUGUUGGAUCUCCAAAUGUUUCAUUGUUUCAUUGCUGAAAUUAGGAAACGUCAUCCUAACAAGGUGAAGACAAAUAUGUUUGACAUCUUGUCCAUGAUCCUAGACGAGAAUGAUACUGUUUGUAAGCAGUUGCGGUCUGAAUUGUUAGACAUUUGGAGAAGUGAGCUACAUGUUUCAGCUGCAGCCUAUGAUUUCUCAAGAAGUUUGGUUGAGCUGAAGAUUGAAAAGUUUAGGGAGCAGCUAACUACAGAAGAAUUGAUCUCUUGGGGUUUACAAGUUUCACCUUCUCUUCAGGUGAGAAUCAAUCCAAAUGUUGAUGAGGAAGUCUCAGCUUUGAUUACACCUAUUACCUUGCCUGAGGAAAGUAGAAAGGAUAAUGAACUCCUUUCAGUUGAGGAGGAAUUUAUUGAGUUUGUGUGA